CGACGAGGAAUAUAAAAACAGGCUCGGCAUGCUUUCCCCUCAGUUCGUUCGUUGUCCUCCUCCCACCACGUUACUAUUGAAUAGUGUUUUGGUUUUAUUUUAAUUAUAUAGAGUUAUCCCACGUAGAUUAGUUUUUAUUUUGUCACAUCUCUUGCAUCAACAUGUCGACCAAACUGGGCGUCAACCAGUCUACGGCUGAGCUUCCCUCCAAAAACACCUCGAACGAUGAGCUCAUUGUUCCCGAAGUUGCUCCCUCUCGCCGUGGAGCAUGGAACAACCCAAACAAUCUGAAGCCAGCGGGGCCACAAGGCUUUGAAUCACUCGCGGCAGAGCGCGCGAAAGCAUCCUUUGAUCCGAGCCAGCUGUCUGUCUUGCUGCACGGAAAGGAGAAUUUGGAAGUGGAAAAGAUGAUUUUGGAGGUGUUGGAGAGUGAGGAAGUAUUUAGCAAGGAGAAUCUUCACUUUAUGUCCAGGGAGCAAAGAUUCCAGAACGCGAUGGCAAGGGGAAAAAGGAUGUUGGAAUUGGCAAAGGAAAAGGGAUGGAACAUGGAUUUGAUAUUCCGAGCCAUGCUAUUGCUGGAUGAGCCAGGACCUUUUUCUCUGCACUAUUCCAUGUUCAUUCCUACUCUGGAAGGGCAAGGCAGCGAUGAACAAAAAGCGAAAUGGCUUCCCCUCGCAUUUGACAACAAAAUCAUUGGUUGUUACGCUCAAACUGAGCUAGGCCACGGCUCGAAUGUCCAAGGCCUUGAAACUCUGGCCACUUACAUUCCCGAGACGCAAGAGUUUGAGAUCCACUCUCCCUCAUUGACAGCAUCCAAAUGGUGGAUCGGAGGUUUGGGCCGUACUGCAACUCAUGCGAUCGUGGUUGCGCGCUUGAUCCUUAAGGGCAAGGACCUUGGAACCCACACCUUUUUGGUUCAAAUUCGGUCUUUGAAGGACCACGUCCCCUUGCCUGGUAUUACAAUUGGCGACAUUGGACCAAAGUACGGAUACAAUUGUGUCGACAAUGGCUUCAUGUUGUUUGACCGUGUUCGUGUUCCCCGCGAGUCCAUGUUGAUGCGGUACGCUCGGGUUGAACCGGAUGGUACCUACGUCCGCCCUCCGUCCAGCAAGCUGUCCUACGGUACCAUGGUGUUUGUCCGAUCGUCAAUCGUGUCUAACGCGGCCAAGAACCUUGCACGGGCAGCUACAAUUGCAACCCGGUACUCUGCCGUUCGUCGUCAAUUUAGCAAUGCGGAGGCUAGCAAGGAAGACGUUGUCGCUGGGGAUUACAAUGUAAAGAAGCUUCUGCCCCGGCCUGCCGAGACUGCUGUCAUUGACUACCCCAUGCAGCAGUAUCGUCUCUUGACCCAAAUUGCAAAGUCCUACGCUCUCCACUUCACCGGCGUAUCGAUGAUGGAGUCAUACCACCAACUGGUGCGGGAUCUGAGUAACGGCAAGAUUGAUGGGCUUCCGGAAGUCCAUGCUACCAGUUCUGGGUUGAAGGGAUUGACCACGGAUAUGGCUGCUGCUGGUAUGGAAGACCUCAGGAGAUCAUGCGGUGGACACGGAUUCUUGAAAAACAGCGGAUUCCCCGAGUUUAUUGCAGACUAUUUGCCUAAUGUUACAUACGAGGGCGACAACUACAUGCUGACCCAACAAACUGCUCGCUAUCUCGUCAAGACAUUCCGUUCAUUAAAAAAGAUGAAAGCAAGCCCUUCUAACGCCCCUGAAAACAUCACCCCAACUACCCGGUACCUCCUCGAUGCAGCCCAACCGUCCUUCUCCGCUGAGACAUGGCCCGUAAAGUCUGCGGCGGACCUUGAGAACCCUUCCCUCCUCACAGCAGCCUUUGCCCACCGGGCCGGGCAACUGGUCGCCGACCUGGUCCGGGCCUUGGACAGUGGCGAAUUAACCUGGACGACAGCACAGCUGGACAUUUACAAAGUGUCUCGUGCACACUGCCAAUACAUUUUGGUUGACAACUUUUGCCGUGCCCUCCAAGGCGAGGCUAUCCGGUCCCAACCUCCUUCCAUCCAGAUUCUCCUCCACCGCCUAUUUACCCUCUUUACGCUCGACACCAUGGAGACCGAGCUGGGUAGUUUCCUCUCCUCGUCACCAACUUUUAUCAACCCGACACAAAUCUCCCUCAUACGCCAGGGCGUACGAAGUCUCGUCAAUGCCCUUCGUCCCGAUGCGGUAGCAUUGGUUGAUGCAUGGGGAUUCAGCGACUAUGUUCUAAACUCUGAUUUGGGACGGGCUGACGGUAGGGUUUAUGAGAGUUUGGUGGAGAGUGCUGGUCGCAAUCCUCUGAAUCUCGGAGAGAAUUUCCCAGUUGUGAGUGGGUACGCCGAACAUUAUGCGCCAUUGAUUAAGGGCUCUGGUGCCGUCAGAGCCAAGUUGUAGACUAUGUUAUUGUUUUGAUAUCUCGUGUAUUUUGUGAAUGUUGUGUGAUAAUUUUUUAUAAAGAACAAAAUAUAUACAUGUUAUUAUUUGCCCAAGCACAUUACUAAGAAUUCAUAUACGC